AUGUACAUAUGUACUGACCAGGAACAGGGGAAAACGACACCGGCGUGCUUCAAAUCCACUGCACAAGAGAUUCUUUUUGUGCUUUGCGCCACAAUGGCAAUUGCCAUGUCUUCCCUCCUCACCGGCUCCAUCACGGUGACAUCGUCCCUCAUCGGCGGGGAUCUCGGCGCCAGCACAGCAGAAAUCACCUGGCUUACCGCCUCGACCUCCCUCAGCGCAGGAGCCUUCUUACUCCUCUUCGGGAAACUCUCCGACCUCAUCCUCGGCCGUCGAACGCUCUUCCUCGCCUCCCUCUUCCUCUUCUCCAUAGUAGCUCUCGCCGCGGGAUUUGCCAAACAAGCCAUUACGCUGGAUGUGCUCACGGGAGUGCUGGGAUUGUUCAAUGCGAGUGGCGUGCCGGCUGCACAGGGACUGCUGAGUCUCUCGUAUCCGGCCCAUGCGACGAAGCGGAGAAAUUAUGCGUUUGCGUGCUUCUCCGCCGGGAAUCCUAUGGGGUUUGCGUUGGGCGCUUUUCUCGGUGGUGGCGCUGCCGAGCUGUUUGACUGGAGAGCCGGGUUUUGGUUGAUGGCUAUCAUCUUCUUUGCUUUCGCCGUGAUUGGUGCAGCGACGAUUCCGCAGGAUUCGGCUCCCAAGGAGCCGCUGAAUAAGGAGACGUUGAAGCGACUGGAUCUUGUGGGAGUUUUCUGCGUCGUCUUUGGUAUCGGCAUGUUCAGCGCGUCCUUGAGUCUGGGCGACACGGCACCGCAAGGCUGGAGGACGGGCUAUGUUCUCGCACUGCUGAUUGUGGGGGCGUUGCUCCUGCUCGCUUUCGUCCUCUGGGACAUGUGGAUCGGCGACGAAUAUGCGCUCGUGCCGAUGAGCAUCUGGAAAGAUCGCAACUUCACCGUCGCGCUAUCAAUCCUUUCUCUAGGCUUCUUGGCCUUCGCUCCCGGAACAUUCUUCUAUGCUCUCUACUUGCAGAAUGUGAAGCACUCUUCCCCAAUCAUCGUCGCCGCGUACCUCAUUCCCAUGUUCAUCGUCGGACUGAUCGCGAAUGCGGUUGCCGGACUGAUCUUGCACCGAGUCUCCAAUACGAUCCUGAUGUGGCUCAGUACCGCCUGUUAUACCAUUGCAUUUCUACUGCUGGCCCUCAAUCGUCAGACCACCAGCUACUGGGCAUUGGCAUUCCCCGCGCAAAUGCUCAUUGUGAUUGCGGCAGAUCUCCAAUUCAAUGUGUGCAAUAUGCUGGUCAUGACGAGUCUACCCACAUCGCACCAGAGUGUCGCCGGGGGAAUAUUUCAGACUGCUGUGCGUCUGACCGCAGUCAUUGGAUUCGGGAUUGCUACGGCCGUGUUCAAUGCAGUCAAGGCAAGUCCCAGCUUGUCCGGAUUCUGGGAUACUGCCACGCAGCCUUAUGCGGCCGUCUUCUGGAUCUGCAUGGCUUUCUCGGCAUUGAGCAUGUGUCUCGUUCCUUUCUUGACACUCGGUACGCAGGGCGGUGAAAGACUUCGUACACUAUUUUGGAAGCCCGAUGAAAGCAAGGUCCAAGUGCAGCGACAGUCAAUGGCUCAGGUGCGAGCCCUCGAUAUCGGUACCAAUACCAUAGCGCGAGCCCCAGAUACCUGCAUGUUUGAAUGCUCCAUGCCAGCCUGCAACUUGAUGAACUCACAUCGAGACGGUAAUAAUCAAUCCUUUGAUCCGACCGCCAUGCCGAUCCAUCGUCUAUCUAGUCACGCACUUCCACUGAGUUACACGCGGCCUGGAAUGGUGGAAUAG